UCCAUUCAAACGUGCCAAAGCUAUAAAAAGGGGCGGGAGACACAAGUAACCCAACUUCAACUCGGAGCCCGUGGCACAGCGCGCAGGGCCGUGCAGGUUCCCAUCAGAAAGUGAUGAUGAAUACAGUCAAAGCUGUGAAAAACGCGGCGGUUUGUUUCGUCCUGCUGCCCCGCUUCCUCAUGGCAGCUGUGGUUUUCUGGCUGCUGGACUUCUUGUGCAUCAGGAAGAGGUUUUUAUUCAGGGUGAAGGAGCAGGGAGGCGAUGCCAUUGAUCCUCCAGUGUGCAUCUCGGACUCCAACCGGCUCUUCAGCCUGGAGUCGCUGAAGGCCGUCUGGCACGGCCAGAAGCUGGACUUCCUGAAAGCGGCGCGCCUCGGACGCGCAGCGCCCAACACCGAAGUUGUGCGCCUGGAGGACCGGCAGCACUCCCGCAUCCUGGACUUUGCGCACGGCGACCGGCCGCUCAUCCUCAACUUCGGCAGCUGCACCUGACCGCCGUUCAUGGCGCGCCUGAAGGCUUUCCAGGAGGUCGCGCAGCUGAACGCGGACAUUGCGGACACCGUGGUGGUCUACAUCGAGGAGGCGCAUCCGUCCGACGGCUGGACGAGCACCGACGCGCCCUACCAGAUCCCGAAGCACCGGAGUCUGGAGGAGCGGCUGAGCGCGGCGCACCUGAUCCACCUAGAGGUGCCCGGCUGCCGGGUGGUGGCGGACAACAUGGAGGACACCUCCAGCGCCGCGUACGGGGCGUAUUUCAACAGACUGUACGUCCUGCAGCGGGGCACGGUGGCGUACCAGGGCGGCCGGGGACCGGAGGGUUACCGGAUCUCAGAGCUCAGAGACUGGCUGGACCAACACCGGAGAGCGCUGCAACAAACUGAGAGCAGUCUGGCUUUAAACGUGUAAAAUAACUCCGUUUCUCUCUUUGCCUCUAUAGUUAAAGCGUAUUUAUUAUUAUUUUUGUAUUAUUAGAGUUUUGUGGAGACUCGGAGCGGCGCGCAUCUCUCGGUAUUGUUGUGAAGUUCGGUUUUUAAAUGGCUCCAGUCCAGGAAACCGGUGCUGAUGUUUCUAUACCAGUGGAUCAGCUGCUCUGCUCUCAGUCUUGCAUGCGUAUUUCUCUAAAAAUAUUUUGUUUUAUUGAUAUAUUUUUUUAGGUUUCUGUUUCUUUUUUCACACAGAUUUAAUUAUUGUUGCCUAUCUUGUAUUUUGAUGUUUAUGCAGAAAACAAAGGAUCAGAUUUCCUCUAAAAUAAAGCACA